CUGUUAGCUCCAUGGUUAGCUCUGUUAACAUAGCUCUGUUAGCUCCAUGGUUAGCUCUGGUAACAUAGCUCUGGUCAUGGUUAACAUGGGUUCUUAUGGAGACUGACUCACUUUUGCAGCCAGCCUCAUGUGGACAUUUAAGGAACUGCAGGUUGUGUCUUCGCAGACACUGAGCUUUCUGAUUGGUCCUUUGGAGCCAUGAGUCCUGGUCAUGUGACCUGACUGCUAACUGUGUGACUGUGAGGCUCCUCAGGGGGGCGCCAGAGCAGAACCAGAACCAGAACCAGGAAGGUGGAUCCUCUGGGACACCGAAUGCUCACAUGAAACUACAUGUUUAUUCAAUUUAAUUCACUUUCACAGUCGGACUGUGUUCUGGUUCUGAUCCGGGUCCAGCUCUGAUAUUGUGUGUGUGUGUGUGUGUGUGUGUGUGUGUGUGUGUGCGUGUGUGUGUCAGGACGUCGUUUGAAUUGUAGAUUCGGCAGCAGGCGGAGCCGGGUUGGACUGGUACCGACACCGGACGUGCCCUGAAUGUAGGGGCCCGGCACGGACGGGCCCGGUACGGACGGGUUCGCUCGGUGGAUUCUGCAGGGACUCUCCGCCUCCUCCUUCCCCGCGCAGGGAGCGCGCCGCGCGGCUGCGGGAGAGGCGUGACGCGCCCGAACCGCAUCUCCAGGAUGGCAGGUCCUCCUGAUGGGCCCUCGGCUCUGUUUAUCGGACCAGCGGCCCUUUGAGGACGAUGGACCCUGUGAACCCCCCGGGCCCCGGCUCCAGGACCGGGACUGGGAUGGACUCCAGAACCUUGGCAUGUGGACGCACACUUGCCGUGAUCCUACUGGUGGCCGGCACACUGGUUUCCAUGGUAACACCCAGCUCACCUGCUGCAGGCGUGCUGGACUUGAACCGGACCGUAGAGUCUCCGUCACAUCCUUCCUCACCCUCCUCACCCCUCAGACGCCGGGCGCCGAGCCCGCCCUCAGAUUCUGGUUACCACGGUAACAGCGGCAGUGCUGGUUCUGCGGAGGACUCUGACUCCGGCGCUCAGGGGAUCCACCUCCUCCUGAGACCUCCAGACCUCCUGUCCCCCAGCCUCCCUCCACCCAUCCCACCACACACUCAUCCCACCCUCACCCCUCCUCCCCCCUGGGAGCAAGGCCCCUCCCUGGAGGAGGCCUGGGGCUCUGGAGACUACCUGGAGACACUGUCCUUCAUGGUGCCCGAGGGUGAGGAGCUGGCCCUGGCCACGCCACUGCCGAACCACCCCUAUGACGAGGACGAUGGGGGAGACUGGGUCUCCUACGACACCGCCUUCCCCACCCGUCCCACCCUUCCCCUCUCAUCCCGCCUGCCACUGUCGCCCUCCUCCUCCACCCCCAGCAUUCCUCUAUCCACGCGGCCCAUCCAUCCGGACGUCUUCCCUGCCUGGGACGAGGACUACGACCUGGAGGACAUGAUGCCUCUGGAGCCGACAGAGCUGUUGCUGCCGGACAUGAACAGUCUGGAGUACUACACCAACCUGCUGGCCCGAGAGAGGGAGAGGGAGAAGGAGAGGGACCGGGUCAACCGGACUGACUCCAAACCACCCAUCACUCCCACAACAACCCAAACUCACCGUUCCCCUCCGUCUCCGUCCCCGAGCUCCGGUCCUCCUCCAGGACAAGAGUCCAAACAACCCCCCACGAGACCCACCCCUCCCCUCACCCAGUCACCUACCCUGACGGGUGAGGAGAAGUCAACCACCUUCAAACCCCCCUCCACCCAACCUCCCCAGAAACCCAGGGACCAUGCCACCGUCCCAGGCAGACACCCGCUCCGUCCCCCUUCCAACACCACUGGCCGGGUGCCUCCUCCUCCCCCGCUGGGACCACCUACCCGCCCUGACAGACCAGAGAGGCCUCCGGUGGUGAUAGAGAAACCAGCAAAGGCUCCACCCACCAGGACCACCACUACCACAAAGGUGACGACCACGGCCACCGCCAUCACCACCACCACCCAGAUCACAGCCAUCAGCCUGACCAGAGCUCCACCAGUCACUACACCCAGAGUGGCCCAGACUCCGCCCACCAGACUGUACCUGUGCAACGUCACCAAACCUGAGAUGUACCUGGUCAGAGUAGUCAGUUCAAAAGGUUCGUCUGCAGGUUUCACUCAAGUCAGAGAUCUGCUGAAGAGAGAGUUCAACCGCUCAGUGGAGCUCCAGUUCCUGAGAACUCCAUCCAGUUUUGCCUUCAGAGUUGUGUCAGGACCACUGAUCUUCACCGCAAUGUCAGUCAUCAAUGCUCUCCGCCAACCGCCACGCAGUGCUGGUCCCAUCCCCACCGUGUCACCACUCUACGUCAUACCUGACCUCAGGUACCAGGUCCACUCUGUGCUCCAGUUCGUCCCCGCCCACGUCGAUGUUAGAGUCUGUAACUUCAGUGAACGGGUCGAGAGAGGGCUGAUGAUGGCGUACGCUGAGUCACGGAGACGAUCACACGAAUCAGGAAACGUCACUGUACAGCUGUUGAACAUCACCAUGGCUGUGACCCGAUGGGCGGCAGACCAGAAGGUUUCUGUUGACAUCACCUUUGCUGUGCGUGAUGGGCGGGACUACCUGCCGGGGUCAGAGGUCAGCGAACACCUGAGGAAGCUCAGUCUGGUCGAGUUCAGCUUCUACAUCGGAUUUCCAGCCCAGCAGAUAGCAGAACCUUUCCAUUACCCGGAGCUGAACACAUCUCACCAUCUGCGCUCCACGUGGGUCCGUACAGUGCUGUUGGGAGUUCAGGAGCAGAUGGUGGCUCAAAGAAGCUUCAAAGCUCGACUGGAGAGACGUCUAGCUCUGCUGCUGGAGGAAGGACUGCAGGUGUCCAGCAGGAGGCGCUCCAGGAGAGCUACAGCUGUGGGCAACAACAGUCUGCAGGUGGUCCGGGUGUCAAGGCUGUCUGGAGUAGAGCGCCCCCUAGAGGUCUUCUACUUUGUGGAGGGUCCAGGUGGAGAGCGGAUACCUGCUGAGGCGACAGCAGCCACACUGAACCGCCUGGACCUUCAGAGAGCCGCCAUCGUCCUCGGACACAGAGUCCAGAGACCACUCGCUCAGCCUGUGGAGACCCUGUCUGUCCCCCCAGCGGAGACUCAGAGCAGCAGUAUCUGGCUGAUUGUGGGUGUGGUCGUUCCUGUCCUGCUCGCCGUCUUCAUCAUCAUCAUCCUCUACUGGAAGCUGUGCGGCUCGGAGAAGCUUGAGUUCCAGCCCGACGCCAUCAACACCAUCCAGCAGCGUCAGAAGCUUCAGGCUCCGAGCGUCAAAGGCUUUGACUUCGCCAAACUUCACCUUGGUCAGCACAGCAAAGAUGACAUCAUGGUGAUUCAGGAGCCCGGCCCUCUGCCCGCCCCCGUCAAGGAGGCCACACCCUCUGACGUCGGAGACCUCAACACCCCCAAAUCCAAAGGAUCGUCUACCAAGGCGGCCCGGUCCGGGCGCCGCAGGGGCAGGCUCAGCCCGUCAGAUGGCGACUCGUUAGGCAGCGACCAAUCGAGCGGCAGAGAAUCAGCAGAAGAAAGUACUCGACCUGUGGCCACGCCCAGUGAGGGCAAACAGCACAGGAAGACGCCCAAAAAUGGGAGGAACAAGAUGAGUAGCGGUCCUGAUGAGCUUCUCUCCUCGUCCUCCAUCUUUGACCACGUCGACCGUCUGUCCCGCGGUUCAUCUGACGGCACGCGUCGCCAGGCCAACAAGGUGCAGCUGAUCGCCAUGCAGCCACGCCCGAGCCCACCGCACGCCCCGUCCCAGCCGAGCCCCACCCUCACAGAGAAGGUCAACACAGAGGUGGCGCUCAGACACAAAUCAGAGAUCGAGCAUCAUAGGAACAAACUCCGACAGCGUGCCAAGAGGCGGGGCCAGUGCGAGUUUCCCUCCAUGGACGACAUCAUGGAUGCGUUUGGAGAUGGACCGGUGCAGGGCGAUGUCGCACAGCGUCUCUACAGCUCCGCCCACGACCACAUGGAUUGCAUCCUGCAGACUGACGCCGCCUCACCACCCACACCCACCGACUCCAGGAGGAGAGGGAGGCGCUCUCCGCGGGGCCGCCGAGUUCAGCCAGGACCAGGAAGUUUACCUGAUACAGACAGAGACCGGCUACUCACCGACCAGAGUGCCACCUACAGGAAGUACCCGGGACUCAACAACGUGGCCUACAUGUCGGACCCUGACCUGCCGCCAGACCAUGGGAGCCCCUCCCCCACAGAUGAGGUGUUUGACCCUGCCCCGGCUCCACCGCCCUACAUGCCCCCCCAGCCGUCCAUCGAGGAGGCGCGGCAGCAGAUGCACUCUCUCCUGGAUGAUGCCUUUGCCCUGGUGUCGCCGUCCUCGCAGGGCAGCGUUGGGGUGAGCGGGGUAAGCCCCGCCCCUCCCAGCCCCUCCCCACAGGCCCGCCCUCAGGGCAGGCAGUGGGACUCUUACCCAGCAGCCCCCUCUCACAGCCCCUUUUCUGCAAGAUACGCAGAGCUCGGCAUGUCUCCCACGUCAGUCCAGGGCCUGCUGCAGAGGCAGGGCCUGAGCUCAGGAGGUUAUGUUUCUACUGGAGACCAGCUGCAGGAGUCCGUUUACUCCAGCAGAGGGCAGUAUGAGGACCCCCCCUCCUCGUCCAGACCUCGACCUGUAGGGGGCAGCACAGGUGCACAGCUCCACCACCUGACUCAAGUGGGUUUGUCAAGUCAGAUCGGUGCAUACCCCGGAGUGGGUCGCAGCAUGUCGGGUCCUACUGGCUCCAGCUGGAACCAACAGCACUCGGACCAGGAUCUGUCCAGACCAGGAGCCAGCAGAGAGAGUGUGCUGUCGUUUCCUGAGUUUUCCUCUUCCUCUGUUUUCCAGAUGCCCAGCUCCUCAUUGCGGGAUCCGUCGGCUCCACCUCUCCUACUAACUUCGCCGACACCAGAAUACCCGCCGGAGGACGCCUCACCCUCAGCCCACACCUCAGCCUCCCUAAUAAAGGCUAUCAGGGAGGAACUGCGACGUCUGGCUCAAAAACAGGCUGCAGUGACGAGCUACCCUUAGACUGGUUUGUAUCAGGACUCAACCGGUUUCAACCAUUCCUGUUUUAAGCCACUCAGAGUCUGUAACGACUGGAUUCAAACCAUAAAAAUAAUUGAUCUAUACUCUGGACUCUUCUGAGAUAAUCUACGUGUGUGCCGCUAAACCCAAAAUAACACUGGACACCAUGAUCCACGUCUGCAAAAUCACUCACUGAAAGACCUCCGGUACUUAACAGGGUCACGUCUGUCUGUCCGUCAUCCUUCAGCUCUGUGUUCAUUGGAUGGGAGUUUGACUCCAUGUUUCGACUGAAGUGCUUCCUACCCCUAACCCACUUCUGGAGCGACAAUUAACUCCUGAAAUUCUGGGCUGGAUCAUCAGGAACGUCCCUCCAGAUCUUCUGGACCAGAUUGUCCCUCCUGACAUUGCAGGAGUGGACGGUACCUCCUGAAAUGUGGGGCAGAUAAUUCAUUCUGAUCAUCUGGAUAAGAUCGUUUCUCCUCCUUGAGUUUUGGAGCGGUUUGUCCCUCGUGAACUUCUGGCGUGUCAGAUUCUUCCUGAACCUCUGGAGCGGAUCAUCUCUUCAUACCUUACAGUGAGUUGUUCCUCUAAAAAGAUCGUUACUCCUGAAGAUGGUCCGUUCUAACCCACUGGGCCAUUCUGAAACAAAUCGUCCCUUCUGACCAUCCAGGUGGAUCGUCCUUCCAGACCUUCUGGACUGGACGGUUGAACCUCUAAGUGGAUGGUUCACCCCGACCUUCACGAGUUGAUUGCUCCUCCUGAAGUUCUGAAGUGGAUUGUCCCUCUGGACCUUCUGUGGUGCUAACUGUCAGCUUCAUACCAUCUCCUCAUUGACCACUUAUUGCCUUCCACACUCCCAUCAGCCACAGGGACCAGGUCUCUGUUCAUAAACCAUAUCAAUGAGGUCUUUGCACUGUCGACAGCUGGAGGCGGCGUACAGUUCCUACAGCAAAGGAACGUAAAACAGGAAAAAAAGAAUAUAUAAAUAUAUCUAUAAGAAUGAGUAUAAAUAUCUGUAAAGAGAUAGAAUCCCAAUGAGCACAAUAUUAUUGUAAGAGUUAUUAUUGGAGUAUUGAGAUGUUACUUAUUUUUUAUUGCUUAUAUAUCAAAGUAUACUUUAAAUCCUUUAUUUUGAUCCAAAAAAAAAAGACCAAACUACUGUUCUAUGGUUGUAUUCCUCUUGUGUUUGAGCUCGCUGUAGAUUUUGAGCUGGCGCUUGUUUCUCCGUGGAGACGUUGCUUAUCGUAGCUGCUCGUGUUUAUGUAUCGGUGGCAAUGGAAAAAAAAAUUACAGCUAAUGCAUCGCUUUGAUAUAAAGUUUAUCCAUCGCUGAUUCGUUGCAUCCAUCAGUUCGUGGGCAGAACGCUAUAGAAAGUUUAUCACGUGACAGCGGUGUCUGUUUCUAUACGGAAGCAGAGAAUGAACACCAAUCAUUCAUCACAACCAGGACCUGAAGCUAAGGCUGAAACAGACACAUCAGCGCCCCCUGCAGGCUGUAAAUAAACUAAUGUCAUGUUAUCAGCAUAGCAGGAGGUUGGAGGUAACCUAAAGACUACGUCAUAUCUAUAUAACAAGGCAAACAAAAAAGAUCCAGGACAGAAAUGUGGUGCAGAUGAGAAGCAGUAGCUGCCUCAUCAGCGCCCUGUGAGGCUGUUCAUUAGAAAAGUAAACUGUUAGAUGCUCAGCGCCCCGUUUAGUCCAAAGUCUACAAGUGUGUGGAGGUCAGGACUUUUAGGUUCAGCCUUUCUUUUCAGGUGCUGGUUCUGCUAGGUGGCUGUUUUCUCCACGGUGUUGUGAAGGAGUCGGUCGGGUUCAUUCGUCUCUGCUCUCUGAUCUCCUUCAGCAUGUUUGACUAAGUUCGAGGCUUUAGAUACUUGUGAUGUUCCAGUUAAUGUUAGCAUGCUGCGAAAGAUGUUAAAAUCAAAAUUUAAACAAGAGUUGUUCCACAUCAAGUUAAGAGUGAGCAAAGAGUGCCAUCAAACCAUCGUCCAUCCAAACAGAAAAAAGACGUCAUGAAACAUUGUGUUUUUGUUUCCAAAAGAUAUUUUUGAAUCUAAUAAAGAUGGUUCCAGUCAACAGUGUAUCGAUGAAAGUGGAUAUGGUGUUUAAUAGAAACAUAAUAUAUAGAAAAUAUUUUAUCUCUGAUUGCUCUGCUGAACGGACUCAAAGAUCUGCCCGGCAACACAUUCUUCAUGGACCAGAAACUAACUGCAGAACUCUGGAAACUUUCUGAUUGGACCUAGCACCUGUCAGUCAAGCUGUAGGACUUGGCCACGCCUACAGAAUCACAUGGUGCUAAUUCAAAGACUCUGGGUGUGUCUGAACGCAGUCAGAUCACACAAAACAACUGAAAUCCUGCAGAAACUCUGAUUCAAGCUGCUCUCUGCAGGUUUCACAAACUCCUCCUGAAUGUUUCCUUCAGUGUUUUCUAGACUUUCACUUUCUGUGUUUUCUAGAUCUGCGAUCCUCAGUGAGAAUCCAGCAGACGACUGGUGACGACCUGCCGACGUUUCCUCAUGACAAAACUAAAGAUUCACACCCAGCUGGUUUCAACAUGUCCAGACCGCAAACAUCAUAAUCCUCUAACACAAACAUUUAUUUAACAAACGACUUGUGCAAACAAGAAGUCACUGUCGUAUUUGCAUGCAUCAGGCCUCUGGUGCAAUCAGCAGAUAUCCAGAGGACAGAUAUUUGGUCCAAGACUUCCUCUGCAGUCUGUAGAACUUUUAAAACGUUUGUGAAAAGUUAAAGCAGACAAACGAUUGGCCGCUCAAAUAUUAAUACUCAGAUUACAAACCAAAACCAGAAAACUUCCUGUGCCAAACUCCUGAUCCCUCCAGAUUCUUUAACUGAUACUAAUAAUACUAAUACUAUAUAAACCUUUGCAUACUAGUGACAUUCUGGGGCAACCAGACUUGGUUGUAGAUCCAAGUCCACAACCAAGUCCAGAGAACCAGACUGGACCCUGAGCAUCUGAACAUGUCCAGAUUUAAAUAGGUUGCUGCACCAUGAAGACAAAACUGUUCUUUAAAUAUCUGAAUAGAAAAAAUGGUAGAUACCAGAGUGCUUCAGCAGUGUUCUAGACUCUAGACUCAACUUUGCACCUAAAUACAAGAUCCUGGAGGACAUCCCAGGUGUAAGACACACCCACGGGGGUUGACCCCGGGGGAUCGCCCCCCCAACACUGGUCAUUGCUCUGAAACCAGCUGAUUUCUGAACCAUCAGUUGGUCUGAGUCGUCAGUUUUGUCAUGAAUGAACCUCUGUGCAGGUUUCGAUCUGGUCGAACCACAUUCCUGUUGUCCGUCUUUGGACUCUGCUCCAACACGCACCUUCACUGAGUUCACCCAGACCAGGUGUGGUCACCUGAGUCCAGGUAACUGAAUGAAGCUGCAUCGAGGAAACAGAGCCUGAAGUUAAUUUAAUGUCAAAGUGUGACAUGGGAACACUGCCAGCAGUCUCACCUGUUCACCAGCAGCCAGGUGAGUGUCAGGUCAGCUGAUCUGUGUCACAUGACAGGACCUGUGUAUGAGCUGCUCCCUGUGGUGUUUCAGUUCAGAAAGAUUGUGUUCACAAACAUUAAAGAGACGCGUUCAAA